AGUGCAGUGUCUAACAUAUAUUCAAAUAAAAACAAUAACUACAAUAACUACUUCACAAAUAGGGUGAAACACCCAACAACAACAAAAAAUAAAUAAACAAAUUAAAAAGAUAGUGCCAAAAUAUACUGGCCCCCAAGGGGCGUCCACACCCGAAAAUGAAAAAACAGGGUGCAUCCAAGAGAAAAAAUACGCCAUAAACACAAGUGAAGUGUUAAAAAUAAUAGACAAAACCGGACAUAGCUGUGCAAACAAGGAACAAAAGGAAAAACACAGCAGAUACAGAAACCGAAAAGGAAGAGCCUCAAAAUCUCGAAAUGAAACCUAAGCCAAAAGACUCAGACAUAAACACAGCAAAAAAAAAAAGCAUGGAAGCACCAGGAAACAUGUCCAAACAACUUGAAACGGAAAGAAAAGAAAAAGAAAAAGCAGCGACCAUCCCGAGCACAAGAAAAAAGACAGAGGUAGAAACUCCAACAAACACAAAAGGACGGAAACACCCACGCAGACCCCCCCACACACACUCACACGCAAAUCAUCAAACCAAAAGGAAGACGGCACAUCUUGGACCCAGGUUACGCCAAAAAGGAAAAGCAGCCAGGAAGCACUAUUACCACCACCCCAGGAAAAGACGGAACAACCCGUAACGGCAUCGGCCAGCCAGCACGAAGCCAUCAAGAGGGACCCCCAACCGACAGGCAUAAGGAAGAGGGCUAGGUAUACAGAAGAAGCAGCAGCACCCGCAACCGACAGGCAAAACAGUAAACCCCCACCAAUAAUUAUUUACAAUUCUAACACCAAAAACACGAUAAAUCUCUUAGCAAAUUAACUAAAACACUUUACAACAAAGCGAUUAAACAUUAACAAACACCUCCUAAACACAGAAAACACAACCAACCACAAGCAAGCAUGCGAAAUCCUAAAAGCAAACAAUAUCGAAUAUUAUACAUAUACACCGAAAGAAGACAAACACCUCUCAAUUCUGUUAAAAAACUUUGACGGCAAUUUCGACACAGAUGAGAUCUUAACAGAUCUCCAAAACAUAAAAAAU